AUUAACACAAUGAUAGAAUACAUGCAUAAAUUAGCCACUCGCAAUUAGUUAAUCAAAUAUAAUCAAACGAUUAACUAGAAUAUAACAGAGUGGUAGUGUAUUAGGGCAUUUAUUUAUACAACGAAUAUUAUGGAAAAAAAACCACAAGCAAAACAAUCUUGGUUUAGGAAUUUGGAAAAAAGUCUAGGAUUCAAAAAUGACAUUAAAUGGGUGAACACAAUACUAAUUACACUAUAUCAUAUAUUAUUUAUUUAUUGGCCCUAUCAUUACGCUUUUCCAGUGAAAUGGCAGACAGUAGUGUUUGCGGCAAUAAUGUACGUGGCAAGCGGUUUUGGAGUGACAGGAGGCGCUCACCGACUCUGGACCCACAAAUCUUACAAAGCUACGUUGCCCCUGAAGAUCUUUAUGUUGAUGCUUUAUUCUUCCGCUGGUCAGAACUCCCUCCUCAACUGGGUCCGCGACCACCGCGUCCACCACAAGUAUAGCGACACCGACGCGGACCCCCACAAUGCUAACCGUGGGCUGUUCUUCUCACACAUCGGCUGGCUCAUGCUCAAGAAAAACGAAGAGGUCAUCAAACGCGGCAAGCAGAUUGACAUGAGUGACAUUGAGAACGAUCCGCUGCUGCGAUUUUAUGAAAAAUAUUUCCAAUGGUUCAAACUGCUGUUCUGCUACUAUCUGCCGACGAUGAUCAACGUGUGGUUCUGGGGUGAGGAUUGGAAGACGGCCGUGGCUUGGCAGUGCUUCCUCAGAUACAUCACAACCUUCCACAGCGAGCUGACCGUCAACAGCUUGGCUCACGCAUUUGGAUACAAGCCGUAUAACAAAGACCUAAAGCCAGCAGAAAACCGUUUCGUCGCGACAGUGGCGCUUGGAGAAGGUUGGCACAACUACCACCAUGCCUUCCCAUUCGACUACAAAGCCGCUGAGCAUUUUGACUUCUUCAAUUUCGGCACCGCCUUCAUCAGAUUUUUCGAGAAAGUCGGCUUAGCCUACGAUCUGCGAGAGGCGACACCGGAGAUGAUCAAUUCUAUAGCCAAGAGAUUAGGUGACGGAACUCCCGUACAUUUCCCGCUUGAUUCGGAAAAUGAAAGGGCUGUUGGUUGAACUGUUGAACUAUGUAUACUGUCCACUGAGGCGGUUGGUAAGAAGUUAUUAUGGUCAGCCACGAGCUGGUUAAGGCUUGGCUGCAUGAAGGUGAUUUGUAUUAUGUAAAGUAAGUAAAAAUGUAAGAUAAAAAACUAAAUUUUAAUCCCAAAACUUAGCUACCUUCUACUAAAAAAUCAACCCGCAACUUCAUUACCAACCGCCUGAUAAGUAGACUAAUAAUUUAUAUGUAUCUUAUGGUGCCUUGCAAUAAGCAACAGAUAAAUUUUGUAUUAAAAUGUAUACAGUGUUUUAACGGAUACUUUAAGCAGAUUUAGUUUAGGUAUGUACAUAUUUUUGUACGAAAUUGUAUAUACGUAUACUCGUAUACAAUACAACCAAUAAAUUAUUUUCAUGAUUC